AUCUGUGGACGCCAUUUUUCGUUGUCGUUUUCGGCUCGCUAAUUUUUAAUUCGCCUAGAUAAUAUCGAUAGAUUUAGGUUCUAGAUUGAAGAAUUUAGAAAGAUUUAUGUUAAUUAGAUAGCUUAAACUUUUUACGAGUGGCGCAAUUAGUUUACUGCACGGAAAUGAAUCCUUGUUCUGUACCUGCUCCUCAACAAGACACCGACGGCGAUGGAAGGUGGAAUAGCAUCCAUAACCGAUUCUUGUCUGAUGCCAAGGGCAAAGAUGGCGAUGUUAUUUUCAUAGGAGACUCCAUAUUGCAAGCAUUGGAACAUACUGAAGUAUGGAAUCAAUGGUUUGCUCCUCUUCACUGCCUUAAUUUUAGUAUCCACAAUGAUCAGACCCAGAAUGUACUGUGGCGUAUAAAAAAUGGAGAGCUGGACCAUGUGGACCCUAAGGUGAUUGUAGUGCAUGUGGGCACUAACAACAUAGAAAAUACACCUGAACAAGUGUGUGAAGGCAUCUUAGAAAUCAUCAGGUCAAUUAGGGAAAAACACCCAAGUGCUUAUAUAGUUUUACCUAGCUUACUACCACGAGGGCAGCACCCCAACAAGUUGAGAGAAAGGAAUGCAAAGAUCAAUGCACUUUUACGGGAAAAAGUCACUUGCAUGAACAGAGUAGAAAUGGUGGCUAUAGAUAAAGGAUUAAUUCAAAAUGAUGGCACCAUUAGCCACCAUGACAUGCACGACUAUCUCAUCCCUACCAAUGCUGCUUGUCGUAAGGCUUUUGAGCCCAUACAUGACUUGCUCCAACAAAUAUUGUUUGAAGGAGAGCCUGAGAAGGACUUGACACCCUCUGAGUAACAAACAUGUCCUGAUAACAUGUAUGUAUAAAUAUAGUAGCUUUGCAGUGGAUGAGUUCACUGUGAUUAAGCGGUUGUACU